UACAGGCACUUCCGCCCUUUUCCAAGAUGGCGCAGACGGAAGGGGCCAGUCACCGCCCGCUGGCGACGUCGCGGCUGGAGUUGAACCUCGUGCGGUUGCUGUGUCGCUGCGAGUCGAUGGCGGCAGAAAAGCGGGAGCCGAACGAGUGGCGUCUGGAGAAGUAUGUGGGUGCCCUGGAAGACAUGCUGCAGGCCCUGAAAAUCCAAGCCAGCAAACCUGCCUCCGAAGUCAUCAGCGAGUACUCGCGCAAGGUGGACUUCCUGAAGGGCAUGCUGCAGGCUGAGAAGCUGACCUCCUCCUCCGAGAAGGCUCUAGCUAACCAGUUCCUGGCCCCUGGCCGCGUGCCCACCACAGCCAGGGAGCGGGUGCCUGCCACAAAGACCGUACAUUUGCAGUCCCGGGCACGUUACACCAGUGAGAUGCGGAGUGAGCUGCUGGGCACGGAGCCGUCUGGGGAGCUUGAGAUGGACAUGAGGAAGCGCAGAGCAAAGGGGUCCAGGCCUGCAGAUGAGAAGCAUUCAGCGUCUGAGCUCGACCUCGUCCUCCAGAGGCACCAGAGCCUCCAGGAAAAGCUGGCGGAGGAAAUGCUAGGCCUGGCACGCAGCCUCAAGACCAACACACUGGCCGCCCAGAGUGUCAUCAAGAAGGACAACCAGACCCUGUCACACUCUCUGAAGAUGGCCGACCAGAACCUGGAGAAGCUGAAGAUGGAAUCGGAGCGCCUGGAGCAGCACGCACAGAAGUCAGUGAACUGGCUGCUGUGGGCCAUGCUUAUCGUCGUGUGCUUCGUCUUCAUCAGCAUGAUCCUGUUCAUCCGCAUCAUGCCCCGGCUGAAAUAAAGCCCAUCGCCAGCUGAA